AGUGUGUGUGUGUUGCUCUCGGCGCGGGUGAGUCGGUCGCGCGCACUGAUGUGAAUCAGAGCCACUCGUGUUCGCGAUUGCCGGAGUCAAAGUGAUUUUGAGGAGAAAUGAAACACGCUCGCUGAUCUGAGCUCAGUUCGAGACGAACAUCCGCGCUGACUGGAAGUUUAUUAUUUCUCAUGAACGGAUGAAAACCAUCAUCUGAGGAGAUUUCUGCUGCUGGAUUUGGUGCUCAGAAUGAAUUAGGAUGACCUACAGAUGGUGUCUGUUUGUCUCCGGUGGCACCAUGUUCCUCAAGUAGGGUGGGGGGGUGUUGCCCCAUUUUGCCAUGAAAGGCUACACCCCCCAACGCACCCGUCACCCGUCCAACUGCGAACCGCCCCGUUCUCCCGGGCACCUGGGGUCUCUCUACGCCCCCUCCCCAUCCUCCACCCUGUCUCGUACUCCAUAUCUCCCGCCAGCAGUCAUGGAUCACUACGGUGCCCUGGAUCCUCAUCACUUCUCUCCUUCCCCGAGACAAGGAGGUCUUCCGCCCGACUGUCUGAUGCCCCUCAACAACCAGCUGUCAUCGAGCAGCACCUUCCCUCGCAUCAACUACAACUCACACUUUGAUCAGGAAGAGUUUGGCCCCUCUGCGGGGGAAACUAUCGGGGGAAUGGGCACAGGGACGAUGGGCUCCUCCAUGUCUAUGGGAAUGGGUCUCGGUGUGGGACGGACCGCUAUGAUCACCAGUGGAUCCGCCACUAUAUCUGGGGCUGGAAAGAUGAAUCGUUUGCCACCCAAUCUCCUGGACCAGUUUGAGAAGCAGUUGCCAGGGCAACAGGACGGCUUCAGCACGUUACAGUUCCAUCGUAGCACCGCCGUGACGGCAACCAAACAACAGCAACAACAACGCACGGAUAGUCCGGGAAAAAUCCGCUAUCUAGUUCACUCCGUUCAGAAACUGUUCGCAAAAUCACAGUCGCUGGAAAACUCGGCCAUCAAGACUAACGUGAACGGUCGCAACAGCAGGGCGUCCGGCGGCGAUGACAAGCAUCGGCGAAGCAAAAGCAAAGACCGGGCCAAGAGCGAAGGAACGGCCAAGCGGAGGCCACGCUCCAACAUGUCCGGAUACUGGAGUUCCGACGACCUGGACAGCGAUAUCAGUAACUAUAGGAACCCCGCGGCCAUGAUGACUUUGGCCCGGACGCCGGUGGGAUCCGGACACAGGCAGGACGGUCAGGUGGCUUCCAGGUAUUUCAUGCAAGGCUACAGCACCAUCAGUGAGCACACACUGAAAUCUUCAAAGAGCAACAGCGACCUGAAGCACCAGGCGCUCCCUGCACUCCCGGGUCCCGGAGGAGGAGACGGGAGAGGAGCGAUGUUUGAUGGGAACUUUGGUAAAGGGGGACCGUGGUCCACGCUUACGUUAGGGCCCACCCGACAAGUUUGCCAAAAGGGUUCGGCCACUCUGGAUCGCACCUUGCUGAAAUCUAAAUCGGUUCAGCAAGACCUGGGCCGCCAUUUCCUACAGGUUCAAGGGAGGAUGCCCUCCACAGGUGAAUGGUUGGGGACUCCGAGCAGAAGUGGCCCGAUGGGCGAGAUCCCGUGCAGACGGAUGCGCAGCGGCAGUUACGUGAAAGCCAUGGCUGACCUGGAGGACAGCGAUGACUCCGAUGGAAGUCCCAAACCCUCCCCGAAAGGCGCUGCGAGAAGACAGAGCUACUUACGUGCAACACAGCAGUCACUGAGCGAUCAGUUCCCCUCCAGAAACCGUCUGCUGGAUUACUCGAUGCUGCAGGGGGAUUUGGAGGCCCUCUGGUCCCCCCUCCACAGCAUCACUACCCUGCAGCAGAUCGGACGUUCUGUCAGUUGUCUUCCGUCUCUGCGAGAGUUCUCCGGGAACCGGAGCCUGGAUAAUCUGGACUGCAUCGGAAGCGGUUCUCCGUUCCCAAACUGGGAUGAUGAUGACUUCAGUCAGGGCUGCAGUACGCUGGGUCGCGGGAGCUGCAUCAGUCAGGUGCGAGACAUGGAGAUGAGCCAGCAUUAUGCAGAUGAGCUGGAUGACAUCGCUUACUCUCGCUCCAAUGAGCCUCCUGAUAUGCCCAUGCCAACAUGCUUCCGCUCCCGUAGUCAUAGUUACCUCCGUGCCAUCCAGGCGGGCUGUUCCCAAGACGACGACACGGCAUCAAUGGAUUCUGAUUCACCGCCACCCACCACGACAACAACUGUACGCACAUACAGCAAUAGCACCGUGUCCACAUGUAUGACCACUUGUAAGAAGGUGGCUCCUCCCCCUGUUCCACCCCGCACCACCUCCAAACCGUUCAUUUCCGUAACAGUACAGAGCAGCACCGAAUCGGCACAGGAAUGUUACCCCGACCGCAGAAGUGAGGCCAACAGCCAAUCAGGACGCAGCAACUCUUCCGACAGUCUCGACAGCACACAGGCCAACAGUCUGGCCAAGAGUUUACGACCUCAGUUCCCCGUCGCUGCGCCCCGUGAACCCCAGAUCCCAGCGGCCGUCGUGAUCUCUCCCAAACCUCUCCGUGACUCUCGUAACGAGCAGCUGAAGGGGGAAACUCUUGGUUCGGACGAGCCCCCGACAGACCCCGUACCGCGACGAAAACUGUCCUCUAUUGGAAUACAGGUGGACUGUGUUGAGGAAAUCCAACCUAAAGUCGAGACGCCCCCAUUGGCCAGAUUCCAGUCUAUCGGUGUUCAAGUGGAGGACGGCUGGACGCACAGCCGGUCCAGUAGCAUGGCAUCACGUCAAGAGACCGACUCGGACACACAGGAUCUCUCCUUAACCUCGCUCCCGACAUUCCCAUCCAACUCCAAAAACAUCGAGAAGAAAGUCAUGGUUAACAGCGCCAGCCAAUCGGUGGACUCUCCUCCACAUCUCUCCCUCGACAAUGGUAACCAUGACGAUGAUGAUGUUGUUGUGACGACCAGCGGACCCUCUCGACAGAUCCUGACCAAUCGAUCGACGACGCAGAGCAGCUCGUCUUCAUUCUCCGAGAGUUUAGAUCCGGCCCUGGACCCCUCGUCUCUGCCCCCGCCCGACCCCUGGCUGGAGAGCGGGAAUGGGACGGGGAAUGGAGGCCCCGCACAGACGUUGUCGGGGACAACGGGCGGGUCGGCAUGUCGACGUGAUGGUCAUUGGUUCCUAAAACUACUGCAAGCUGAGACUGGGAGGAUGGAGGGCUGGUGCAGUCAGAUGGAGAAAGAGACCAAAGAACAUCAGCUGUCAGAGGAGGUAUUGGGAAAGGUUCGCAGUGCAGUGGGCAGCGCUCAGCUGUUGAUGUCUAAGAAAUUCCAACAGUUCAGAGGACUGUGUGAACAAAACCUGAAUGUGAACUCAAACCCGAGACCCACGGCUCAAGAUCUGGCCGGCUUCUGGGAUCUUCUGCAGCUCUCCAUAGAGGACAUCAGUCUCAAAUUUGAUGAACUUUAUCAUCUCAAAGCAAACGACUGGAAACUAGCUGGAGAGUCACCAGAGAAGCAGGAGAAUCAGAAACAGGCUCCUCCGGUGCCCAAAAAACCCGGCAAGAGUAAAGGCGCUCUCACCAAAGACAAGAGCAACGACACGGUGGACAAACAGAGACAGGAGGCUCGCAAGAGAUUGAUGGCUGCUAAGAGAGCUCAGUCUGUCAAACAGAACUCGGCCACAGAGAGCGCCGACAGCAUCGAGAUCUACGUCCCCGAGGCCCAGACGCGACUAUGAGGAUGUAUCCGCUACAACGCUCAAGGGCUCGGCCAUCACGCGUCUACUACCACAUGAAAGCUGCUUUAUAAAGUGAGAGAGAGUGACCAAAAAUGUCACGUAUACUAGAAACGGCACUUUUGAUGGGGCUGCCAAGGAAACCUCACAAAGACUCGUAUUAGCUGCAAUCAUUCAUAUUAAUAUUAUUAUACUGGUAUUCAAUAAUGAUUUGUCUCCUAAAGAUUUUGCAUAGCGUGUAAACCGUUAGAAAUGCGCAUUCGUCCCAAUCCCAAUGGCUAAAAUCGCCGUCUUCCUGUCCUAACUUCCAUCAGUCAAUCCCUCAUUUCAAAUCUAUCGUGUGUGGAUUGAUGAAAAGAUUUGAAUGUCACAUUAGCUGUUGGUUGAUGAAUACGAACCCUAAAAUCGAAAUAGUUUGAGGUGUCCGGCAGGUGGCUUUCAUCUCCGUCCUGUGUCAGAUGUUUGUGCAGGUACAGUACAGGGUGUUGUAUUUUUAUAUUCUGCUCUUUUAUGUUUCAUGUCCAGUUUUAAGUGGGAAACACUAAGCUAAUAUUGUAUUCAAUCAAGUGCCUGUGGUCAUUAUGUGGGUAACAUGUAGCAAUAUCAGAGGUUAUAUCAUCAAAAUGAUUAUCAAAUUUCAGGGCCUGUAAAUCCCAGUACGUGUAGUAUAGCCACCGUUUGUGGCCAAUGAUGAUAAACUGCAGUUUUAGAGCUCAGAUUUGUUGUGAAACAAAAUGUUAAAAAUGUACUCAUCAUCACUUCUGUUUGUCAGAAUCGUGUGUUUUGUUGGCAUGUUUAAAUUGUUAUGAUCAGGAAAUCUAUUGAAGUAUAUAAUCAUUUUGGUAUCAAAUAAGACUUCAUUUGACCUCUCAUGGGUUAAUUUGGUCUGUAGACACAUUAUUUGUCUCUAUUUAGUAAGAUUUCAUUCAUCCGGGCAAUUUAGCCAAACGUCCCCCAAAUCUGCCCCACCUCAGCAUUUAACAGCUGAAUUAUUGACUCCUAUUGUGUGUUUUGUUUUGUAUUAUUGAUGCAAAUUGGAUCUUUUUCCAGUCGUUUUGUCCAUUUGUUGUCAGUGGGCCAUUAGCACUUGUUUUGUUUGUUGACGGUCUUCCCGAAACAUUCACAGCUUUUCAGUCCUGUUCCACUGAUCCUCCUGAUGAUGUCAUAUCCUCUAGUUUUUCAUUGGAUGAAAUUUAAAAGUCAGUUUAACCCGGUUCAGGUCAGUGAUCGGUUGCAUAAACUUUUAAAAGUCUUAGAAGUUAGUCAUGUAUUUUUUUCUUCAAAACCGUUAAAAGUAUGUUACAUAAAAAGAUUGGUCAUCUUUAACUUUACAGUCAUAACUUCACGGCUCUUAUGUGAGAAAAUGUAAUGUUAGCUCAGCCACAGUGGAUCUCAUAAACCUCAUAAAGGGUGUCUGGAUCACAUAAUCACUGAAAUAAAACAAAAAAAGACUUUUGCCAAAACUAGCCUGCUUACAGUAUAACCACUAAGAUGUUUGACUGUGUUUUUAGUGUCAUGAUAAUCCAGCUGAUUUAUUCCAAAUUUUACCAAACCAACCAUUUACAAAAAUGUGGAAAUACAGGAAAGUGUUUUAUUUUCACGAAAAUAAUGAAUGCAAACAAUAAAAUCCUGUAGAUCCACAGACAUCUUAAGUAAAGGUUAUAAAUCAGUAGAAAUAUGUGCUGUAUGUCCAUACUAGUUUUCGUUUGAUGCAUUUCACUUUUAUUUUUAUUAUUACACUAAGCAAAAAGAUUUGUUGGUUCAGCUUAAAAAAACUUAAAAAUAUUAGUUAACUAAAAAAAAAGUUGUGUGAAAUAUGUUGUCAACUUCCUUUUUUUUCUCUUUUUUUAGUUAAAUUAACUUAAAAUGUUAAGGCAACCAGGUAAUUCACUUUUUUAAGUUGAACCAACUUUUUUCUUUACAGUGUAUUGGCACAAACCUUUUCAUAUGAAAUCAUGAAACUGUUUAGGGGUUUAUAAAUGAUCAGCUGUUAAGCUUAGUGUUUAUUCACUUUCUGGCUAAAAUGUAAAGUGCCCAGUUCCAAAUUUCUACUCGGAUACGUUUUGUUUUAUUUUAUUUGACAUGAAAUUGGUGUUUCAUUCUGUUGUCCUUAUAUUUAAGAUGUACAUCAAUGCAUAUUUAUUAUUAAAACAAAACCCAAACUUUGUUCUGAUUUGAUCAUAUCAGAUUCAAUGUGAUUCUUGUAAUUCAUAUCAGAAUAAUAUUUGGGUCAGGUACAGUCUGAAUUCAGCUGAUGUUAAAAAAUCAUUUAUUCCUGGUCAAUUCUUGUUGUCUACAUGUCCAUGGGCUUCCCUAAAGACAGUAACACACAGAGACAGCAUCUCAUGGAUUACAGAGAUUGAAAGACGUCUGUGUAUGGAUUCAGUUCUUAAACAUUUCAACUUGGUUCAUGCUGCUUGGAAACUAAUAAACAGUUUUAUAUUCUUGAUAAGUGACUGAUCUACAGCACUGGAACCUUCUCUUCUCAUCUGAGAUGGACGUUCUCCAUCUCAUCUCUUCUCAUGUGCUGACAGAAGACAUCAGGCUCGCUCCUUUCCUUCUUCAGCUCUUUUACUAUACAGUAGUUUAUUGAGGGUCAUCGAAGUAAAUGAUCUAAAUGCAAGAGUUUGUAGCAACAAGAAUUAAGAUUUUUAUUAUUAUAAAGAUUGAUAAUCAAUAUUUUAUGAAACAAGCACAUAUUUUACUGAUUAGGAAUUUGUUCAGUGUAUCUAAUAUGAAGUUUAGAUUGUGAAUGUCUGGCUCUUUUGUUUAGGAAGAAAUACAGUAAACCUGAGUCAAGUUAAA